UCCCAGCAUCUCGCUCAGACCCUCCGUCCCCGCCUGGCAGCAGGAGCCCGGGCUGGGGGACGCUGCCUGCAGCUGAGGUAGCGUCGCGCCGCCCGCCCCGUCACCCCGGCCCCCCGAGCCUUUCGCCAGCCCCCCCUCUACCUCCUCCGCGCCCCAAAAUGCAGCGCCGCCUCUGCGCCCUGCUCCUGCUGGCGUCCCACUGCAUGGGCUCGGCCGCCGGGCUCUUCCCUUUCGGGGAGCCCGACUUCUCCUACAAGCGCUCCAACUGCAAGCCCAUCCCCGCCCCGAUGCUGCUGUGCCGGGGCAUCGAGUACCAGAGCAUGCGGCUGCCCAACCUGCUGGGGCAUGAGACGGUGCAGGAGGUGCUGGAGCAGGCGUCCACCUGGAUCCCGCUGGUGCAGAAGCAGUGCCACCCCGACACCAGGAAGUUCCUUUGCUCCCUCUUUGCCCCCGUCUGCAUCGACGACCUGGACGAGAUCAUCCAGCCUUGCCACUCGCUCUGCGAGGAGGUGAAAGAGAGCUGCGCCCCGGUGAUGUCCGCCUUCGGCUUCCCCUGGCCCGACAUGCUGGACUGCAGCCGCUUCCCCAAGGACAACGACCUCUGCAUCCCGCUGGCCAGCAGCGAUCACAUCCUCCCCGUCACCAGGGAAGCACCCAAGGUCUGUGAUGCCUGCAAAAAUAAAAAUGAAGAUGAUAAUGACAUCGUGGAAAACCUCUGCAAAAACGACUUUGCCUUGAAGAUAAAAGUGAAGGAGAUUGCCUACAUCAAUGGGGAUACCAAGAUCACCCCUGAAACAAAGAGCAAAACCAUCUACAAGCUGAAUGGGCUGACAGAAAGAGAUCUGAGGAAGAUAGUGCUCUGGCUCAAAGGUGGCCUGCAGUGUACCUGCGACGAGAUGAACGACAUCAACGUCCCCUACUUGGUGAUGGGGCAGAAGCAAGCUGGGGAACUCGUGAUCACCUCGCUGAAGCGGUGGCAGAAAGGGCAGCGGGCUUUCAAGCGGUUCUCCCGCAGCAUCCGCAAACUCCAGUGUUAGUGGCGUCAUCCCUGGCUGUCUCCAGCAGCCGCCCCUGCCCCAAGCUCUCUGGGCCUCCCGCACCUUCCUGCUUUGGCCCCUCUGAGCCUCGAGAUGCCGUGGGCACAAGACACAGUGACCGCUCUCCGAGAGGGGAAGAACCCCUCCGUUUCUGUACAUAGGUUAAAAUGUAAUAAAAAAAAAAAAAUUACUAUUUUUGGGAAGUAUUAAAGUAUCUCGCUUAAAGCUUGGGGGGUUUUUUAUGGUUGCAAACGUGACUUUGGUCUGAGGUCUUUCCCUCUUUGUUUCGGUAAUGCUGGUUCAUUUAUAUUGCUGCUUCUCUGUAAAUGUGCAUGUUUGUUGUGCCACAGUAGGAGAUGCAGAGAAAGCCAGGCGUGCUGCUGGCCUGUCACCGCGGGCACAGCGCUUCCGCUGAGGUGACAUGGCUUGCUGUCUGUAUUAACUCUAUAAAGGUCACAUUACGACUCUUGCAUGUGAUACAUAGGCACCAGUAAGAGUAUAUUAACCAUUCUCACAUUUUAUUUUCUACAAGUCUCAGCCCUUCACUCUCAGAAAAAAAACCAACAAGUUUUGGAGCUGAUUAAUCUGAAUGCAACUUUUUUUGGUUUUUAAUUGUUUUGCAAAUUAAACCAUCUGUAGCCUAACUGUAAUAUACCCAGUGGUUAACCUGAAAGAGUUGUAAAAUAUUGCUUUAAUUAACCUUGUAAAUACUCCAGAUGAAUGUUAUAUUCUUGUAUAUAAACUUUACAUCAUAGUUUA